GCUCCAUCCUCUUCAAAUCUGUGUCCAAUAUUCAUGGUAGCUCAAAAUGGCUGAACCUUUCACCGAAGCCCAACUCCAGGCGAUUUCUGCAAUCGUCCAACAAGCAGUUUUCCCUCACAGGACCAAAGAAACGACCAAUGUCAACUCAGUAGAUCCACAAACAAAUGGAUAUCACUACACAGCGCCAGAAGAUAUUAAUGAUUCUCCUGGUCGAGUCAAGUUUGUACCCCGAAUGCGGGUGUAGUAAAGGACACUGUAUUCUGACACAACCAGAUUUGCGUACUGGGUGCCAAAUGUAUCUGGGGGAUUGGUUAUAUCUAAGAUUCCACAAAUGACAAAGUUAGAAUUCAUUGUCAGCUGCUCUCAAAUAUCUGACUCAUGUGUAGAUGGGAUUACGCUUCGAAUGUUAGGUAUGCGAAAACUGCCGAGAGAGUUGGGUUCGAAUAUGCCUUAACUCAAAUUCGGUUUAUGGCUGGGUAUGGUGCGGUAAGUUUCUGAUAUCUAAAACCGAAAGAAGAUCAUUAACUGACAUAUCUUUGCAGGAAAAUCAGCAUGGUGAGUGCCAAUUUCUCUGAGUAGAAAGUCUGCUUUGAUGUGGUUCCUAAAAGAAAGGGCUUUUUAGAAGCCAAUAUCUCCAUUAUCAUUUUUGCUCAUCAAGUUGAAGUAUACUGACUCUAAUAUUAUGUUCAGAAUCCGUCUCAUUCUCGCAAGCACUACUUCACAAUACGACCAAACUCAACGUGAUCGCAGCUCUGCUCCCAGGUCCUUGGAACCCGGCAGUAGCAGCAAAACAGAUUGCGAGUAUAGAUCAUUACACCAAUGGCCGGAUAUCUGUCAAUGUUGUAUCAGGAUGGUUCAAAGCAGAAUUUACGAGUAUUGGUCAAUGGUGGCUAGAGCAUGCCGAACGUUACCGGUAUGAGAAGACAUUGACUGUCUACAAGCUGUAUCUGACAAAGUUUUAGGCGGAGUAGAGAAUUCAUCGAAUGUUUGAAAGGAAUUUGGACAACAGAUAGCUUUACGUAUAAGGGCGACUUUUACCAAUUCCACGAAUAUCCCCUCUCUCCAAAGCCGUUAGUCAUCCCCGGACGACCGCAUCCACUUGUGUUUCAAGGGGGGAACUCAAUCGACGCUAGAGAGAACGGUGCCAACGCCUCUGAUUAUUAUUUUAUGAACGGCAACACUCUUGAAGGGUUUCAAGAGCAGAUCGCAGACGUACGUGCUCGAGCUAAGAAAGUCGGUCGAGAAGACGACAUCAAGUUUGCUGUCAACGGAUUCUGUAUCGUCAAAGAAACCGAAGCAGAGGCCAUUCGCCUACUCUCUGAAAUCCAAGGGAAAGCGGAUAAAGAUGCUGUGGCUGCAUUUGGCGAUGCUGUCAAGCAGGCAGGUGCAAGCACUAGCAACAAAAAAGGAAUGUGGGCCGACAGCAAAUUCGAGGACUUGGUUCAGUACAAUGAUGGUUUCAAGACUAAAUUAAUUGGAACAAAAGAACAAGUCGCGGAUCGCAUGUUGUUGUUGAAAAGCCUGGGUAUUGAUAUCGUGCUGUUGGCCUUUUUGCAUUACGAAGAAGAUAUCAGCAAUUUUGGGGAGCAAGUGCUUCCCCUGGUGAGAAAGCUGGAGAAGAAGGGCCGUGGCAAGAAUGCAGCGGAUGAAAUCGAGAGGACUGGCGAAGUAUACGCGGCGAAGAAAAUUCAGUAGUGUUUCACUCGGUAUGCAGUUUAUUUUACUUGAUGU